GCGCUUACGUUUUUUCCUACCUGUCAUGGCGGACGUUAGUCGUUUUCGGGCUGCUGCGUGUGGUAUCGCGAUUCGUUUUCUCUCUCACUGACCAACUUGCCAUUAGAAAGUUCGACACCGCUAACAGCUUCGACCUGCUACCAGUUCAGAAGCGCACAAAUGGCCAACGUAGGAGGAGGAGAUCCGUGAGCUGGGUUCACACAGUGCGUUGCAGCGGCACCCGCGCUUUUCCUUUUUGUUUUAUUUUUAUGAGUGUUGCGGGGACGCCGUGAACGAAGUGCUGCUUCCGCGUUCUCUCCUAAGCGACACUGUUGUGACGGUGGAAGUGCGAUCAUGAAGGGCAAAGGCAAAGGUUCCGAGGAGUGUCCGCUGCAGUUUCCAGACGUGAGUCCGGUGGACCACGUACAGGAAUGCCCGCGCUACACGGCAAUCGCCCAGGGAGACGCGGCGCUCUCUCUCGAGGACUUGGAGCCACUGCAGCUUGAGCUCGAGACGCUUCUGGUGUCGGUGUGCGAGAGGCGCCGGCGGUUGGCGCACGAGACGCAGCUGCUACUUUCGUGGCAGGAGAAGAAGAUUCCUGUCGGCGGUAGUGGCACACCGUCGGCACCGGGAAAACGUAGUCGAGUGUCGCCUGAUGGCAAGCCGUCGAAAAAGUUCAGGGACGGUGGAAAGGUUUUCACAGGUGGGCGGCCGCCGCGCAAGCAAGUGGCAUCGAGCUCGUCUACAUUGGCCACUGGUGUCACCUCUGAAGAAGGGCCGUCAGUAGCACGUAAUGACGCACCAAACCGUUUUUGGGCUUCCCUGGAGCCUUACUGUGGUCAAGUGACAGCUGAGGACGUGCGUGCCUUGGAAGAGCUGAUGCGUGCCCGUGAGGAAGAGGCGUCGGAGUACCUGAAGGUGCCAGCCCUUGGCCGUCACUAUGCCCAGCGGUGGGCGCAGGAGGACCUUCAGGAGGAACAAACACAGGGGGCACGAGCCGCGGGCGGUGGAGCCCAGGGAGCAAGGUCGCCACAGCAGACGAAGGGCAGCCUCAACUGUGACACGCCAUCGUCGGGCGGCAACAACAGCAAAGGAGGCAGCGGCGGGGAGCCCCUGGGAAGCCUGACACAGCGGCUUGUCUCUUGCUUGCUGGAGGAGAACCUGUUGUGCCCUCCCCUGGAGGAAAACCAGCUGGGACCCCCACUUGGUCCGAACCCUGGCCUCGCGCAGCAGCUCGAGCGACGCGUGCGACGAGAGCUUCGUGAGCAUGGCCUCCUGACUGAGACUGACAACCCAGAUGACCAGGUCAUGACAGAACUACGGAGAUGCCAAACAGAGCUCCGGAGUAUCAGCAAUCGAAAUGGAGCUCAGCUUAAUGCACUUCUGAGGCGUGCCCGUGAGAGCCUGGCACAACAGGAACUGAACCGGCGCUUACGGGUGGCAGACCAUGAGCUUCUCGAAGCCUGGCGACGGUUGGCUCAGGCACGGCAACGCAAGAAGACCCCAUCCAAGAAGGACCGUGACAUGGCUGCAAAAGCGCUGCGUGACCGACAAGCCCUCCUCAAGCAGCGAGCAUCAGCGGUGCAUCGAUAAAUUCCCAGAAAGAAAGUGUCAGUUGAGCUGAUGAGUUGGACUGCCUGUACAACCUUGCACCGAAAGAAUGCCUGCCCAAGAAAGACUGCCACUUAGCCAGUAAGGAUCCGUGCAACCUUCUUUUGGCAGGAGCCAUUCUAAGUGCUACAGUAAACUAUUGGAAAGCCAUGUAACCAGUAAAGCAGCUACUCUUCAUUCGACUACCUACAAUUCGUCAUUGGCAUCAUGGGCUUCCUUAGGCUGUGAGAAGCUUCUAGGAAAGUGAGCAAAUUCUGUGUGACAGUGUGAAUGUAUUCUAAAAAUGCAACUUAGUUGCCCCAGUGCUGCACAGUAGACAAGUUUUCAAGCUGCAACCAUCAUCAGGGCGACAGUUAGCUCUCAAGAUGUAUCACCAAGUGCACGUAAACCGACGGUGAAGAUCACUGUUCAAGCUGUUGAUCUCCAAUCUCUAAAAGGCAACAAAGGAGCAUGUCUGCAAAAUAUGGAGCAGGCAUCAAAACACAAACUUUACAUUACAUAACUUCCAGUUAUCAUGCGAAAUUUUUUUUUGUGUGUGUGUGUGUGAAACUUCAUUCACAUGUGGUCCAUACUGUUAAUGCUUACCAUAUUCAUCAUCAUCACAUUUUUUCUGAAGGAUAUAAAAGGCAGCAGUGCAGAGGGGACCACUGUAUGUGGACUUGAAUCUCUCAUUUCUGCCAGUUCUCA